AUGUCCUAUCCACAAAACUACAUGAACCUCAACCAGCAGUUGAGUCGGGAACCUUUCCCUCUCAGAAGCGAAGUUUUCCCUCUCAAAGGCAUGGGCAUGCAAACCGAGAAGAUGCAAACAGCACCACAACCACUACCCCCUAACCUUUCUUUGAAGUUCGUGCAAGCGCCCAAACAUGGCAAAGUAGCCGCCAUCACCAAGGAGAAGGAUCGCAAACCCCUUGACCCCCCACCCGUUGUCGAGAUUGUCGUCAACCGGGCCAACUGGGACCGCGCGACCUUUGGCAAUCCUGAAAUCGUCUUGUGCAACCCAUACUACUUUGUUGUUGCAACAUUGGAAAGCUACGAUACGAACGGCCGCAACCCCCCGGAGGAUUGCAGCCGAGAGCUGCUUGGCGUAAAAACGACCUCGAUGUUCAGAGUUCAGCUCAAAAACGACGUUUGCGAAGGAGGCUACUUCGUAUUCUCAGACCUCUCCGUCAAGAAAGAGGGGGACUACAAACUGAUUCUCACUCUUUACGAGAAGCUUUACAACGACACGGUGAUGGAGUGCGCGUCGGUGACGUCGACACCAUUCAAAGUGCAUUGCCAGAGAACAUUUCCGGGAAUGGCUCGAAGCACUGAAUUGACGAAAGAACUCUCCGACAAGGGUCUUCGCGUGCGGAUCAGAAAGGACUCCCGUGUGGUGGCUCAGCGCAAGCAUCUCAUAAAUCAUGCGAUAGCUUCGGAUCGCAAGCGAAGUCGCAGAGAGGAGGAGGAGAAAGACGAUGUGAACGAGCCCAACAAGCGAGCUCGUCCCGGUCUUCCACUUCCACUUCCCAGCAUGCCAAUGAGGCAGACGGUACAGGCGGUGCAGAACAUGGGCCUACACUCGCCGCCGCAGCCACACCAAAGCGGCAACUACAGCUAUGAAAGUAUGGCCAUGAACAACGGGCUGGCUCAUGGCUAUCCAGCUGUGCAGCACGGCUAUGCGGUUCCGAGCAACUAUCCUCUUACGCCUACGUCGACUGGCAUUCCAGGGAACAACAACAUGGCGUCUUACGAGCCAGCAUACCACGUGGAUCAGCAGUGGGGGGACGAAAAGAACGGGAUGCUGGAUACUUCGCUGCUUGGCGGAGGUCUACAUGAUGCCUAG